AUGUUCGCAAGAAAAGAUCUUCAGACGAUCCCACCAGUCCACCAGCGUACAAGCACCACCACCAACCGCAAGAUCAUAAAGCAUGAGGGACCACUGACAACCAAUCAUGAUCCUAACCCACUCAAAUUGAAAUACCCACAUCGAUUGAAUUUUUACGAUAAACCUCCGGAUAGCGAAGUGACCAUAGAAGAAUUUGAAACCUGGGCCAUCGAUCGCUUGAAAGGUCACUUCGAUGCACUCAAGACCACCUUGAACGUAAAAUCCAAAGAGUUUCUACCAUUAAAUGCGAAGACAGCACAAAGCGUGAAUCUUGAUCAAGAACGGAAGAAAGAUCAUUACUCUCAUUUUAUACUCCGAUUAGCAUUUUGUAGAUCAGAAGAAUUAAGGAACCGAUUCGUGAAUGCAGAGACCCAAUUGUUCCGAUACAGACUAGAAACCGAUGACACGAGUGAACGAGCAGACUUCGUAGGAUCACUGAACCUAGAUUGGAAAGAAGCCAGUCCAGAAGAGACCAUGGAAGCCAGAAGAGCAUUCAUCAAAGAUAAGAAACAUUUUGGUGAAGAAGGGAGUUAUUACAAGGUACGAUGGCUUAAGGUGCCAGAUUUGGUCGCAGCUCGUCGGGUUUAUCUUUCAGGUGGAUACGCGUUUGUCGCCAGCAAGGAUCAAUCAUCAAUAAUCAUCCAAGAGUUUUCAUCAAAACUUCUUCAAGCAUUAGAAAUCACCUCCAAACAUCUGCCAUACAUGGACGAAGAUUCGCGAUUAUUACCGGUCUUGGAACAUUUAUCGAUCAGUUUCUUAGCCGGGAUCUCAGGCUCGGAUUUUGUGUCUACAAGUCUCAACCCAGAUGGAGGCGAAUUAACAGCAUCGAUGAUCGAUGACCUAGCAAAACAACACUUCCCACCUUGCAUGAAAAAUCUGUGGAUCUUAUUACGGAAGGAUAAACAUCUAAAAUAUGGUGGUCGUCAACAACUAAAUCUAUUUCUUAAAGGAAUCGGCUUACCGAUUGAAGAAGCGGUGAUAUUCUGGAGACAAGCGUUCAGCAACAUAAGCGACGACAAGUUCCGGAAAGAUUACCGAUAUGCGGUCCGCCACAACUAUGGCCUAGAAGGGAGCCGGACGAACUACCAACCGAAGUCGUGUGUGACGAUCAUCACGGGCUCCGUCGGCCCAUUAGAGUCCCAUGGAUGUCCAUUCAAACACUUCAGCCAACUCAAUCUAACCCAGCAUCUCAAUCAACUCUAUCAGAUCGACCUCAAAUCUGACCUCAUGAAAGAUAUCAUCGAGUUUAAGAAAAACGACCAUUAUCAUCUCGCUUGUACUGCUGUUUGGGAACAUCAACAUAAAGCUUUAGGCGUCAAAAAAGGCGACGGAUUGGGCCAAGGAGAAUCAGUCUCUCAUCCAAACAGGCAAGUCCUUUGUUUUACUCUCUAUCAAGAAUGA